CUUGAAGGGGGGUCUAAUGUAGCCUAUGCUUACGGAAGACCUCGGGUCCAGCUGCUGAGGCCGCAGCGUUUUGUCGCGUUGAAGCGCAUUGUGAGUUUCGGAUCUGACGCGACCGGUGUGCAGGGGAAACUUACAGAACAGUUUUAGGUGACUGAAAUAUACCGCGAAACCGCACCCUCCUGGAUAACCAACGCGUAAAGAGACAGAUAGAGAGUUGAAACUACAACCUGUAUGUGUUUCAAAGCAUUUUGCCUAUGGCAAAUCGGGAAAAGAACAAGAAGACACUUCUAGAGUUGGUAAAGCUACCAGAGAAUAGCCGCUGUGCUGACUGUGGAGCUGCAGAUCCAGACUGGGCUUCAUGUACUCUGGGAAUAUUUGUGUGUCUAAACUGUUCUGGAACUCAUCGCAAUCUUCCUACAAUAAGUCGUAUCAAGUCCAUACGCUUAGACUUCUGGGAUGAUGAGCUUGUGCAGUUCAUGAAGGCCAAUGGAAACCUUCCUGCCAAAAACCUCUAUGAGAAAUUUGUCCCUGUCUUUUAUUAUCAACCCCACACAGAUGAUUGCGAGGUCCUUAGAGAACAAUGGAUUCGAGCCAAAUACGAAAGAAUGGAGUUUACAGAGAAAAAUACAGUAAGACCAUACACAAAAGGUGUCUAUGAGGGCAUGCUGUGGAAGAAAGGAAAGGAUAAUGGACAGUUUCUUGAGAGGAAGUUUGUUCUUUCAGUGAGCGAUUUUACCCUCAAAUACUACAAGGAGGAUGAAUCUAAGGGGCCAAAGGCUACUAUUUCUGUGAAGGACCUGAAUGCAACCUUCCAGCCUGAGAAGAUAGGACAUGCUCACGGCCUCCAGAUCACCUACUGUGUGGAUGAUCACACCCGAAACCUUUUUGUUUACAAUAAAAAUGGUCAGGAGAUUGUCAAUUGGUUUAAUGCCAUUAGAGCUAUUCGCUACGUCUACUUGAAAACAGCCUUUCCUACAGCUAGUGAUAGAGAUCUAAUUCCAUGGAUAACCAGAAACUACCUGAAAGAGGGUUACAUGGAGAAGACUGGCCCUCUGCAGCGAGAGCCAUUCAAGAAAAGAUGGUUUAUCUUGGAUUCCCUGGACAGGAAACUACUCUAUUUUAAAACACAACUGGAUGCCAUUGAGCUUGGAGUUGUUUUUAUUGGCUCAGAGGAUCAUGGAUAUUCAGUGAGAGAGUGUGUCCCUAAAGGGACAAGAGGCAACAAAUGGAAGUGUGGGGUAAUCGUGGAGACGCCGGAUCGGCAGUUCGUCUUCAUGUGUGAGCAAGAGCGAGAUCAAAGAGAGUGGGUGGAGGCCUUGAAAACUGUCAUCUCAAAACCUAUGAUGCCACAAGAUUACACCACCGAAGCCAAUAUUCGUAGACGGAGGUGAACACAAUGGCUGGAUUGGAUAAUAAGCUCAGAGAAGCUGGACACAUGGACUCUGUCACUAAAUCUUAAAAUGAAACCAGAUAUUCUGGGUGAAACAAUGGGUAAUAUUUGAGUCCCAGAAAUGAUGAACUCAACGGGAACCUUAGAAGAAUGUCACUUUUGGGCAUUGUUUCUAACAAGCAGUUAAAAAAUAUUCCCACGUGGUCCAUUUUGGGAUGUGAAACCAAUCUGAGAAGAUUGCUGUAGGUCAGAUGUGGAUGAACCACCUGGUUGAGCUCUCUGAGGAGCAGAAAUUAUAUGAAGAUGGAUAAGAUCUUGACUCAAAACAAGGAGACAUUCUGAGCCUUGACCAAGAAGUGAAUCUCAUUUUAGGCUUAUGUGAGAGAACUGAAUUAGACGCACAUGUGACAGUGAGUCCACACGCAGGAGCUGAGACACAAAAUAGAGGCUAAAAAUAAGGAAUUAUGGCUGUACAGAAAUGGAGAUUGCAAGUGACAUGGAGUGUGUGAGGAAAAUGAUCAUUGUAGAACACAGGUUUCAUUUAACUGACAUUUGGACACUUUUUGUUUUCUGAUUUAUAAUAAUCAUAUGGGCGACUGAACAAAGCAGAAUUAUGUUGAUGUUCACAAUUCUUCAAUUUUGUUUAUAUUAAAAUCUUCUAUCUGAAA